AUGAGGGGAAUUAGACACUUUCAUCGGUCGGCCGCGGUCCUGUCCGAUUUCACCCAUGUAGUUAUCGGCGCCGGCGUCGUUGGUUUGGCUGUGGGUGCCGAAUUGGCCAAAAGAGAGUCAAAUAAUGUGCUAGUGGUGGAAAAGCAUGCACACCACGGACAAGAGACUUCUUCCCGGAACUCGGAAGUGAUCCAUGCAGGUCUGUACUAUCCCGAUGAGUCUCUCAAGACAAAAUUAUGUAUUGAGGGCAAAGAGAUGAUAUAUGACGCUGCAAAGUUCGGAGUUGAGUCUUCGAAGUGUGGCAAGUGGGUUGUGGCUCAGGACGAGGCUCAAUUAGAGUAUCUUCAUCAGUUGCACGAGAAGUCCAAGAAAAUCGGCGUUCCAACCGAGUUUGUGUCGCUGGAAAAAGCCAGACAACAAGAACCAUUGAUUCGUGCGAAUGCCGGCAUUCUAUACUCUCCGACCACGGGAAUUGUUUCUGCACAUUCUCUGAUGGACUAUCUUCUUGCCGAGCUGGAAAACCACGGGGGCAUGCUGAUGACGUCGACUGAGGUGACUGGCAUAGUCAAAGAUGGUGAGUACGAGUUGACCACAAUUUCUGGGGACGAGGAGUUUCCAAUCAGAGCGGAUGUGGUGAUUAAUAGUGCAGGACUGUAUUCUCCGGGAAUCGCCAACCUUUUGCUUCCUAAGGAGAAACACUAUACUCCGUACUAUGCAAAGGGAAACUAUUUUGCAUACUCCCAUAACCCUGGAAUUCACAGACUUGUGUAUCCAUGUCCAACCCCAAAUAUUGCUACCUUGGGCACUCAUUUGACUUUGGAUCUGGGAGGACAGCUCAGAUUUGGCCCAGACUUGGAAUGGGUCGACAGGCCAGACGAUUUCAAGCCGAACGAGGCAAAUCUCGACUCAGUCCACGAGGAAGUGUCCAAAUACUUCCCCGGAGUGAAGCGUGAAAAUUUAAGUGCUAGUUACAGCGGCAUCCGUCCAAAACUGAUUCCUCCGGGAACCAAGAGUCUCCACGAUUUUGUGAUUGAGGAGACGUUCCCUGGUUUCGUUAAUCUCGUCGGAAUAGAGAGUCCAGGACUCACUGCCAGCAUGGCAAUUGGAAAACAUGUGUUCAACAUGAUUGGAUAG